AUGAGGACUGCGGCGCCUUAUCCUACCGCUGGUACUCUACCCGCCAAAUUUGGCAUCAAUUUUAACAAACCGUUAAUUCAAUAUCCAAACGCUCUCUAUCACACCUCCAAAUUCAAAUCCAGUCUCGGCUUCAAAUCUUCUCUCAAAUGCCAUUGCAUUAAGAAAGAAACCACUGAUAAACCCACUGAGGUAUUUUCGGUGCUUUCGACGGAUAUUUCAUGGGAGAGAGGAAGCAUAUGGAGCACUAUGGCUUUGUAUAUGUUCAAUUUGCAUAUUCCUUUGGGUAUUGGAGGCUUGUCUAUAGUUGCCAAUGUAUUGCAUCAACCUGUUCUUGAUACUCAAACUGAAGCAUUAUCACUGCUUGUCAUCCAAAUUUUAGAACUCACUGGUUCUCUCCUUCUACUUAGGAGCACUGCUAAGCCAGAAUAUGAGGUAGUAAGCUUCUUCAAAACCAAUAAAUUGUCAAAGAAGAGGAACUGGCUGCUGACAUCAUUUCUGGGUUUCAGCUUUCUGGUUUUGUUGGUCUUCCUUACAUCACUUGUUGCUGACAGACUAAUUGGACCCAAGGCUGUGAACAACCCUGUCGUGAAGGAGAUUCUUCUGAGCAGCAACAUCUCAAAAGUUGCCUGCAUCCUGGUUUAUUGCCUUGUCACCCCACUGCUGGAGGAAAUUGUUUACAGAGGGUUUCUAUUGAAAUCUCUUGCCUCUACCAUGAACUGGCAGGAGGCAAUUUUUCUUAGCUCAGCUGUUUUUAGUGCAGCUCACUUCUCUGGUGAGAAUUUUAUUCAGUUGUUCAUAAUUGGGUGUGUCCUUGGAUGCUCCUAUUCUUGGUCUGGGAACUUGAGUUCUCCCAUUCUAAUACAUUCCUUGUAUAAUGCCAUGACACUGAUCAUAACAUUUUUUAAUUAA